CAGUCUCUGGGCGACACCCUUGCAUCCCUGUUUUUUAUGGGCAGGCGUCUGCGGCUGAGGACUGCAGCGCUUGGUCUGUGGAAUCUCAAGACUUUGUCAUCCUGAGUUGCGUGUCUUUCUGAAUUUAGAGUUUCGGUACUCACUUCCUAUGUUUGAAGGAGACCCGACUUCAGCUCAGCUUUUUGGGGCCUAAGGGUCCAGAAGAACUCACGCAGGAGGAUGCCUCUCUUCUUUCGGAAGCGGAAACCCAGUGAGGAAGCUCGGAAACGCCUGGAGUACCAGAUGUGUCUGGCAAAAGAAGCUGGGGCAGAUGACAUCCUUGACAUCUCUAAGUGCGAGCUUUCUGAGAUUCCAUUUGGGGCUUUUGCAACGUGCAAAGUUCUACAGAAAAAGGUGUUGAUCGUCCACACAAACCAUCUCACCUCCCUGCUGCCCAAGUCUUGCAGCCUCUUGAGCCUCGCCACCAUCAAGGUUCUGGAUCUCCAUGACAACCAGCUGACAGCCCUUCCUGACGAUAUUGGGCAGCUGACAGCCCUGCAGGUACUGAAUGUAGAAAGGAAUCAACUGACACACCUCCCACGCUCUGUUGGGAACCUGCUGCAGCUCCAGACCCUCAACGUAAAAGACAACAAACUAAAGGAGCUUCCGGACACCCUGGGGGAGCUUCGGAGCCUGCGUACCCUCGACAUCAGUGAAAAUGAGAUCCAGAGACUUCCCCAGAUGCUGGCGCAUGUGCGGACCCUGGAGACGCUGAGCCUCGAUGCCUUGUCAAUGGUCUACCCCCCACCAGAGGUGUGUGGCGCUGGCACUGCGGCCGUGCAGCAGUUCCUCUGCAAAGAGUCAGGCCUGGACUAUUACCCACCUUCUCAGUACCUGCUGCCAGUCCUGGAGCAAGAUGGAGCCGAGAACUCCCAGGACAGCCCCGAUGGACCCACAAACAGAUUCUCCAGGGAGGAGGCCGAAUGGCAGAAUCGGUUCUCCGACUACGAGAAGCGAAAGGAGCAGAAGAUGCUGGAGAAGCUGGAGUUCGAGCGGCGCCUGGACCUCGGGCAGCGGGAGCAUGCUGAGCUGCUCCAGCAGAGCCACAGCCACAAGGACGAGAUCCUGCAGACGGUCAAGCAGGAGCAGACACGGCUCGAGCAGGGCCUGAGUGAGCGCCAACGCUGCCUGGAUGCAGAACGGCAGCAGCUGCAGGAGCAGCUCAAGCAGACGGAGCAGAGCAUUGCCAGCCGCAUCCAGAGACUCCUGCAGGACAAUCAGAGGCAAAAGAAGAGUUCUGAGAUUCUGAAAUCACUGGAGAAUGAGAGAAUACGAAUGGAGCAGCUGAUGUCCAUUACCCAGGAGGAGACCGAGAACCUCAGGCAGCGUGAGAUCGCCGCCGCCAUGCAGCAGAUGCUGACCGAGAGCUGUAAGAGCCGGCUCAUCCAGAUGGCCUAUGAGUCCCAGAGGCAAAGCCUGGUGCAGCAGGCCUGUUCCAGCAUGGCUGAAAUGGACAAGCGGUUCCAGCAGAUUCUGUCAUGGCAGCAGAUGGAUCAGAACAAAGCCAUCAGCCAGAUCCUUCAGGAGAGUGUGAUGCAGAAGGCUGCAUUCGAGGCUCUCCAGGUAAAGAAAGACCUCAUGCAUCGGCAGAUCAGGAACCAGAUUAGGCUAAUAGAAACUGAGUUACUGCAGCUGACACAGCUGGAGUUAAAGAGGAAGUCCCUGGACACAGAGACGCUUCAGGAGAUGGUCUCAGAGCAGCGCUGGGCGCUCAGCAACCUGCUCCAGCAGCUCCUCAAAGAGAAGCAGCAGCGGGAAGAGGAGCUCCAUGGCAUUCUGGCAGAAUUAGAGGCCAAGAGUGAAACGAAGCAGGAAAAUUACUGGCUCAUCCAGUACCAACGGCUUUUGAACCAGAAGCCUUUGUCCUUGAAGCUGCAGGAAGAAGGCAUGGAGCGGCAGCUGGUGGCCCUGCUGGUGGAGCUGUCUGCUGAGCACUACCUGCCCCUCUUCGCCCACCACCGCAUCACACUGGACAUGCUGAGCCGGAUGGGCCCUGGAGAUCUGGCUAAGGUGGGUGUCUCAGAAGCAGGCCUGCAACAUGAGAUCCUGCGAAGAGCCCGGGACCUGCUGGAUGUGGCCAGGGUCCAACCAGAGUUGAAACCACCUAAGAAUGAGGUCCUUGGUGUCUCUGAGCCCCCCACAGCCCCUCAGGAGCUUCCUGAGUCCGUGAGACCAUCUGCCCCGCCAGCUGAACUGGACAUGCCGACCUCAGAGUGUGUUGUGUGCCUGGAACGUGAGGCCCAGAUGGUCUUCCUCACCUGCGGCCAUGUCUGCUGCUGCCAGCAGUGCUGCCAGCCGCUGCGCACCUGCCCACUGUGCCGCCAGGAGAUCUCCCAGCGCCUCCGGAUCUACCACAGCAGCUGAACGCACAGCCACCCACCAGCCUGGCCCUUCCUCGGCACCAUCUCCACCUCUGCUGGACUUCCACUCCCCACAUUCCCCAGACUAGGGCAGGACUGCCAUAGGCCAAGCCACCACCCGCCACCCCGACCCCCCCUGCUCUGAGCACUAAGCAGGCAGGUCUGAUGCCCCUGGCCUGUGACAUAGCUAUUCCGAAUAGUGAGCAAGAGACGGGGCAGAUCUGCUGGUGGUGGAACCUUGUGGCACAGGGUCAAGAUCCAGGGUACGGAGGUGGCCCUGCAGGACUCAGGAAUCCAUGAUACUAGGCAAGCAAGCCUCAGUGCUGCAGCCAGCUGUCUGCCCCUCCUGGAGGUGUCCAUAUCUAUGGAAUGCAUCAGCCGUCCUGUCCUUAGGUGGGGCAAUGUCUCUGGGAAGAGGUGGGCUGUGCAAGACUCCUCUGCCCUCCUUUGCUUCACGCUGAACACCCGCCCUUCCAUAUCUGCACCUCAUAGGCAGGUUGGUUAAGUCCGACUCCCUCCCGGAGUCAGCCCUGGGUCUGUGGGAACUUGGGGGAGGUAGGAGUAGACAGAGUCCAGGCGAGCUCUGGGGAAAAAGGCCAGAGCUGCUGUGCCUGGGUAAAGGUAAGGCAGUGAGACAUUGCCCAGUGGAGAGUUAGGCAGUGUCCUCUUAAACAGAGGGCAUGGGGAGCAGAGCCAGGGGUGGGCUUCAGUACUGGGAAGCAGCCUGCACUCAGGGGAUGGGGCAGGUUGUGUUCCCUGCAGUGCUCAUCCUAGGUGAGGGCUGCCACAGCACCUGGAGGGCAUGUUAACGCUCAGGUGGGCGUCUGCCCUCACCAGCUGUACAGGAGUCCCUGUGACAUGAGACCCUUCUGCCCCUCCCAGUACAGUGUAUGGCCUAUGGCAUGUGCUCAACAAUGACUACCACUUGACGGGCUCUGGUGGGGGAACUAGCCAUUGGCACCUAGCAUGGACCCGGAGCCCACCCUCAUGGUGGACACUGGAGUUGAUCAGCCAUUAGGAGGCUGUCACCCAAAAGCUAUGGCCUCUCCCCUCCUCUCUGAGCCUCAGUUUCCUCCUCUAAAAUAGGGCAGUGUGAGAACGGGUUAGAGAAAGAGACCUCAAUAAAGUGGUUGGCAUUUGGAAGUCUGCAUCCCCAGAACUCACAGGGCCAGGCCAGUGUGCAGUCACAGCACUGAGGAGGCAUUAGUCAGACCCUGGCCCUCACCAGACAGCCAGACAAUCCGAAUUAGCGAGUUCCAGGCUAAUGCGACCUCUCGAUCCACAAGGCGGAAUGGCCUGGAUCCUUUGGCUUCUGCAUGCACAUGCAAAUCUGUACCUGUACACACACAUGCAGGUACGCAGAUCAGGGACCUGGCAGCUCAUUUGAUGAGCCCAAGAGAGCUGAGGUGAAUGGAUCCCUAGACACCCUAGGCCCAGCUCUCCCCCACCCCAGCAGCACAUAAGGAAAUGAGCUUUAAAUAAAGCGUUUAUUGGUGAGCAGAAGCUUA